CACAACCUAACCUAAAAUAUAUGACGGAAAUUCAAACGAAGCACAGCACAAAUUUUAAGUUAUAGUUUUCUACGAGCAAAAGUUACGAGUUUAAAUGUAGUGUCAAGUUAAUAACAUAAUUUUAAAAGUUUCUCUUAACAUGCCUUACAAGAAAAACAGGAAGUCAGCUUCAACUAGCACCCACAAAGGUAGGUCGGCAGCGAAGCAUGACUACUCUGAUAACUUCGUCAGUAGAUUUGGAGCUACCUCUAUAGAAUCCUCGAGUGAUGAGGAAGGAGUCUCGGUAGACUUCCCUGUAGCGAUGUGGGACUUGAAACAUUGUGACCCCAAAAAAUGCUCGGGACGUAAACUAGUUCGACAUGGCAUGGUGCAAAUAUUAAAAAUGAAUACAACAUUCAAUGGUCUUGUGUUGACUCCAGUCGGGGAGAAGUGUGUAUCUCGUGCGGAUAAAGACAUUCUUGCUCAGCAUGGUGCAGCGGUAGUAGAUUGUUCUUGGGCGAAAAUCAAUGAAACUCCUUUCUCACAAAUGCGAACGCCUCAUCCGCGUUUAUUACCUUUCCUGGUUGCAGCGAACCCGAUUAAUUACGGCAAACCGUGCCAGCUUUCUUGCGUUGAGGCUUUGGCGGCCACUUUUUAUAUUAUAGGUUUCAAAGAAGCAGCAGAGAGCUAUUUAGGCAAAUUUAAAUGGGGCCAUUCAUUCAUAGAACUUAAUCAAGAGCUGCUAGAUAUUUAUGCCGCAUGUGCCGAUAGCUCAGACGUUGUAGCGAAACAAAAUAAAUACUUAGAGGAAGCAAGAAAUGUUAAGAAGACAACUACUGAUGCGUAUGAGGAUGAAACUUUGCCUAAGUACGAUUCAGACACGGAUGAUAGUGAACUUGAAGAACCAAGAGAACAAUGAAGAAGGGUGACCUGCCUACUGCACUGAUCUUAUAUAACGUAUUUUAGCUCAUUAAGUUUUUUUUCAUUUAUGGCUGUGAAAAUCAAUGUACUAUUUUUGUGGAGUUUACAAAAAAUAAAUGUGCAUUUAUUAUAAUA